UUCUAUUCCUGUAGCUGUGAACUAUACGGAUACCAAAACAUCAGGCUGGAAAGCAAGCAGGCGGGUCAAAAUUUAGACUGUGGGCGAGUUCAGCCACUGCUCUCAUCCUUAGAGCGUUGAUCUGAUCACUGGCUGAUACCCUCGGAAGGAGUAAUAAAAGGGCACUGGUGUAACCGUGCCUCACCCCAGUGCAUCCGCACUCCCAGGACAGCAAACAUGAGAGAUCAGGGAAAAACAAGAGGGGAUCAAGAUUGUGAAACACUGGCAGCCUGUUGCCAGUCCUCAAGACAGGGUCCUUUGCUUGACAUUGACAAACUGUGCUCUGUGACCUCCAAACAUUCAUCUGGUCCCGCUGAGCUGGUGAGUCACACCACGGAUCAGUAAUUAAAAAAACAAAACAACAACUAGGAGAUGGUGAGAGAGUUAAUUAUCUGAAAUGAGCCUGUUAAUGUGUCAAAUGCCUGUAGCCUUGUGAGGCUGACAUUUUCUUGGAUUUUUUGUGACUCAGCUUUGAUUCUGUUUUCUGCAAUGCUAAGGAUAAGCAAUGCAUCAUGAGUUAUUUUCUGGUAGUUAGCAGAACACAUGGAGAGACUGUACUGACGCAGUACCAGAGAUUAAGAGAAGAGCAGUUACUGUUCGAUAUAGUGCUUGUUGCUGAUGGCACGGAGUUCCCUGCUCACCGAAGUCUCCUUGCUUGCUCCAGUGAUUAUUUUCGAGCGCUCUUUAAGGAUUACAUGAGGGAGUCCAAGGCCAGCGUGAUCCACCUGCAGGCCGUGUCCUCUACUGGGCUCCAUCAUGUGCUUGAUUUCAUCUACACCUCCUGGCUGUCCCUUUCUGCCGAGACUUUAGAGGACACCUUGGAGGCAGCCGGGUACCUGCAGGUCUCUGAAGCCAUCGGGCUCUGCAGUCAGUACAUCACCAACAACCUGAGCCUGGAGAACUGUUGCUUUUUCGCCAAUGUUGCUUCCAGGUUUGGCCUUCGCGAUGCACUCUCUGCUGCAAACAGAUACAUCAGCCGCAACCUGUGCAGGCUGCCCCAGUGCAGCUCGGACUCCGAAACACAGCUCGACCUGAACCCGGAGUCCAUGAUGGCGGUCGUGGGUUUGGAUGACAUGCCCAGAGUCACAGAGCUCCAGCUACUUGUUCUGGUGCUGGAGUGGCUGAAGAACAAUCCGCUCUCCGUCGUUCACAGCAAUCUGUUACUUGGCAAAAUUAGGUACGGUCUCAUCCCGGUGGAAGAGCUUACAAACCUUUACUCCCAAAAUGCGGUGCUGCAGACUGCCUACAUAAAGAGCCUGGUUUUAAAAGCAAUGCGUUACCACUCCUUGAGCCAUCAGCAGCCCCUGAGCCAGUGCACACAGAGCACCCUGCGGACCCGUAGGAGCCAGGUCAUUCUGCUCGGGGGAGGAACCCUGAGAGACGGGCUUGUAGGUGAGGUUCUGGCUUUUAAUCCAUACCUCAAGACAUUCAGAGCCAUCACAGACCUCAAAAGGAAAGUUCAGAACCACUGUGUCUGUGUGGUUGGGAAUUUUCUGUACGUGUUGGGAGGCGAGGUCGUCCACGUUAACGACAAUGAGAAGCUGGCUACCACGCUGGUCACUAACCAGGUCUGUCGAUACGAUCCAAGGUUUAACAAAUGGUUGGAGACUGCCGGGAUGAUCGAAAAAAGGGCAACAUUUUCCUGCUGCAUAGUAGACGACAACAUAUUUGCCAUUGGUGGUAGGAAUGGGAACAAUUAUUCGCAUUCUUCAGUGGAGGUCUAUGACAUUAACACAGACAAAUGGGAGAAAGUCAGAGACCUUCCACAAAAAAUGCACGGCCACGCCUGCACCGUGUACAACGACACCAUUUACAUUUCUGGCGGCAUGCAUGAAAAUCACAGGGAGAGCAGCAAAGAGGUGUACAGUUUCAAUCUACUUGACGGGCUGUGGAAGAAACAAGCAGCCAUGUCAAUUGCACGCUUCGGGCACCAGAUGGCGACAGUGAAGGCAAAGAUCUUUGCGUUUUUAGGAAUGUACGAACCCUUUUGUGAUAUAGAACAGUACGACCCAGUGGAAAACCAGUGGACGAGGUUACGCCCGGUGCUGUAUGAUCGGUUUUGCUACGGCAUGGCUGUCAUUGACAACAGCGUUUUAAUGAUUGGUGGAAAGAAGUGGCACGAUUCUCAAGAAGUGGCUACCCAGAGCGUUGUUGAAUACGAUGCGGACCGCGAUAGCUGGAAAGAAGUUUGUAAACUGCCCUGCCCUCUCUAUGGAUUGCAGUGUGCUGUGCUGCAGCUUCUAGAUGUUCCACAUGCUUAAAGGACACUGCACACUUUCUAAAAGGAGUGCUAACCAGUGUAUUUACCUGGUAUUAGCUUCAUUCACCUUAUGAGUGGUAUUUCUAUAGUGCAGAGAAUCUUUUGGGUUUUCACUCAUGUAGAUAUGCAAAUAUUUCACAGACAAUGCUAGAGAUCAACUGCUUUAUCCUGGUGGCUGUGCUGUAAGUCACAUGGUCUGAUUGCAGCUAGAUCAUUGCAGUAGAGUUUGACCUACAACACCUGAAGUGAUUAGGUACAGUAUUUUCACACAGCUGUAUAGCGUGUCCUUGAAAUAUCUGCAUAUUCCAAUUUUUUAUAUUCCAAAUUAAUUUUAAACCCUUGCUUAGCAUUGCUUUAAAGCAAUUUAGACAAGUAAAUAAAACAUAUGCAAAAAAAGAAAAGAAAAAAACCAUAGAAACAAAACCAGCAGAAGCACUGGACCUGAGAAAUGUUUGCUUGGUGCAGGGAGGGUGGUGCAGAAUGAUCAAUCACAUUUCCAGUGCUCAUGCUCACCAUCCAGAGUCUCAAAAGCACUUUUCUAACAGAGAAGAUGAAGUUGAAUUCUUUAUUUCUGAUUGGAAAGGUUUCCCGAAUGGAUAGUGAAGAGAACUAGAGCCUAGACGCUGGCUGGCUAGUUCAGUCCUGCCUCCCUGUACAUCUGAGCAGGACAGCGUUGGAAAAGGAUCCCAUUUGGUUUCAUACUGGAUCGUUGUGAGAGAGCGUUCACAGCAGAACCCUGCAAUCAGCAAUGUUGUAAUGAGGAGAGGUGUCGCUCAUUUAAAGAAGGACCAAUAAAAAAAAAAAGGUAUGAGGAAAUACAAGGCAUAGGUGUUUGUGUUAAGGUGUUUGUAUAUUGAUCCUUGUUGUCAUUGUUAAAAACCAUGCUAGUGUUUUAUUACAAGGGAAACAGGUUUGAACAGAGAUGCUAAAAAAUGAAAGGGCCUAAGACUAUGUAAGUGUUAAAGUAAGUGCUGAUAUUGGGGGGUUAAGCGAUGGCCAUCUACAAAUGAAGAGUCCAAUAUUAUUUUCUUUUGCAAAUAAUAUGUUAAUAUGUGCAGUAUAUUUUUUAUUACUGUGAUACAGCUGCUAUGAUGUAAACUAGAUUAAAGACUCUUCUCUC